UCCUGCUAUUCUCCUCGAGGAGAAUAGCAGGAGUAACGAUGAAGGUCACAUGACCAGGGACAGCAUCAGCAGCAGUGGUUGAGAGUAGUUCAUGACACACGAAGGAAGGGUCGAGGUUGGCGUUACCGCUCCAUCCCGGAUGAGGUUUGGGUUUCUCCCACAGUCCAGGGGUGUCAGCGAAGGGGAUCCCUUUAAAGACGUCCACAGUCCUGAAAAGUCCCAUGCUCUUACUCACCCCUUGCACCUGUCCCCCCUCGGUCUGCACCACCCCCAGCUGCACACAGACACACACACACACACACACUCAGUGCAGCACACACGUUAACUUUGCACAAGUGGAGUUUGACCUUUGCGGCUGAGAUCGCACUCAAAGUGACGCUCAUCAGCGUCGCCAGCAUCAGCGUCAUCUUCAUUCUCCUCGCUCCGGUCAGCCAAUCAGCUGCGGCUUUUAUAGCCGCCCUGAGCACCGCCCGGCUGCGACCCUGAACGCACCACCAGCGGGUCCCAUCAAGACAAGAGGUCCUCCCGUGUGGCAGAAUACACACGUGAUUGUAUGGCACAGCAUCCGUAGGGUGGUGACGUCAUCUUCUUCAUUAGUGAUGGUUUCAAGAUUGAUUUGGUGAAGUUUGUGUUCGUGUACUUCCGCUUCCGUGGCACGGCAGGGACGUGAGAAGGAACACAGCUGCUCAGUGACUUUAUCUCAACGUGCAAACACCGAGUCCACUUUACUGAACCACAGUCAGCAUUCUCCAGUUCUCACGGCUUAUUCGAACCUUUAUUGCGUCAUCGUUUGACUAUAAACUUCUCAUGUAUUUGUAUUUUGUUGUAAAUAUUUUUUAUAUAAUAUUUUAAGUAUUUCAACUGGAAUGCCUUCGUAUCACUUCGCUCUUCCUGAACCUCGAUCAUAAAGAAGACGACAUUUCAACUUUUGUCUUCCCUGAACGCCUCGUGACAUUGAUUGACAGGGGCAGGUGUCGUGUCGCUGCGGUAGGCGGGACUGGUGAGUCAACAUGGCGGCGCCCUGCUCGGAUCAACGCGUCUGAAGGCGUCCACCAUGUCCAAGGAGCAGAGUACCAGUGAGCUCUUGCUCUCAUUGGACAGUUCAGAUCUGCAGGAGGCGGAGCAAGUCAGAGUAGCCAUCAGCCAUCAGUUGAAUUCAGACAGAGGAGGCGCUGUCCUCGGGAGCCUGGUGGACUUCUACUUGAACUCCUCAUCCGGUCAAGCUGUGAAGCUGCUGUCCUCCAUCAGAGAACCUCUCCACAAGCCCCUGCUGGACAAACUCAAUGAAGUCCUUUCCAGGCCAGCCAGCCGAUUGGCCGCCGUCACCCUGCUGGGUCACAUGAUCAGCCAGCAGCCACCCUGGGUUCACCACGUCAGCUGCUCCCCACUGCUGACGUCGUUGCUGCGAUGCCUCAAGAGUGACGGUGACGUGCUGGUUCUCAUCCCUGGAGUCCUGGUGCUCAUCACGCUGCUCCCCAUGAUCCCUCACGCCGCCAAACGCCACAUCUAUGACUUCUUUGACGUCUUUGGACGCUUGGCUUCCUGGAGCCUGAAGAACCCUGGUGGCCACGCCCAUGUCAGCCAUCUUGUCCACCUGCAUGCCAGCAUCUACUCGCUCUUCCACCGACUUUAUGGAAUGUUCCCCUGCAACUUCAUCUCCUACCUGAGACUCCACUACAGCAUGAAGGAGAACCUGGACACCUUCCACAAGGUGGUCAAGCCCAUGUUGGAGCAGGUCAGAGUUCAUCCGGAGUUGGUUAGCGGCACUCAAGACCUGGAACUGGAUCCGUCCAAGUGGCGGCGCUACGAGGUCCAUGACAUCCUCAUCGAGUGUUCCCGGGUGUCUCUUGACCCUCUGGAGUCCUCUUGUGAUGCCGGCGCCUCCCCCUCCCCCCUCUCUUGCCUGGACGUCGCCCACGGCCGCAGUGUGUGCGGCCACAAGGACACGACGUGGACGCCUGCCUGUCCCUCAGGAAGCCUAAUCCACGUCUCCUCUCCCUGGACACCGGAUCACCACCUGGACGUACCAGACCACCUGGACGUACCAGACCACCUGGACGUACCGGACCACCUGGACGUACCGGACCACCUGGACGUACCGGCUGAUGUCACCUGGAGCCCCUCCUCCGACUGUGGCCUGUCCACCCCCCCUCCUGAAAUGGUCACUGUGAGCCCCGCCCCCCCCUUGAGUAGAACCAGCUCCCUGUCAGGCGCCACAGGAGGCGCCUCUGUCACAGUGGUCAAGCAACAACCAAUCAGGAAGGGGGAAGAUGCGGACCACAGCGACGUCGUGACCGGCGAAGGUGAGCUUGUCGUCGCGUCUUUCAGGCUCCGCCCCCAAGACAGACCCCGCCCACAGCCGCCUUCCUCCUCACUGCCCGCCCUCCUCACCUCCACACCCGCUCGCAGCCACACCCCUUCCAUCUCUGACGCCCCCCCCCCACCUUGCUCUGUCUCGCCGUGCCUAGCCCCGCCUCACCCCUCCGAUGCUGCCCACAGCCUGGUGGAGGGUGGCCCCGCCCCCUCACCUGACUUCCUGUUUGAGCUGGCGCUUCCCCGAGCCGCCAUGUUGUUUGUGAAGAGGAAGAUGCAGGAGGCGCAGGUCACCACAGCAGGACAGGAGGAGGCCGCCUCCGGUUCUCCUCUGGACUUGUUGGACCAGCUCAUCACCCACGGCCACCGGUCACAUGCUUGCAUGAGUGGCAGGUGGUCGGCGUGCAGCCAGUGGUUGGAUCAGGGUCACCUUGGAGGUCAAGAAGUGGGCGUGAAAAGCAAAGAGGGAAGCUGCAGUAUGAUGCUGUCUGUGUCAGGCCCCGCCCAGGGGGAGGAGCUCCAGGCACUGAGGAGUCAGUUGCUGCUGGUCCAGGCUCAGCUGCAGUACGAGCGUUUCAAACGUCAGCAGCACGCCAUCAGGAACCGCCGCCUUCUCCGCAGGGUGAUCAGCGCCGCCGCGCUGGAGGAGCAAAGUCUCGCCAUGCGAGCGCAGCUGGCCGUCCAGGACGAGGAGGUCCGGUCUCUGAGGUCCAGUCUGGACGAGGAGCAGCGACGUUCCUCUCAACUGCGCCUCGACACCACCACGCACGAGGAGGAGCUCCGCACGCAGGUGCACUAUUUGCAGCAGGGGCGCAAAGACCAAGACCAGCAACACCUGAGACUGCAUAGCGAGCUCCAGGAGUGUCAGGGCAGGCUCAGGGAUUUGGAGGCGGAGCUUCAGAAAGCCAAUCACAAAGCUUCCAAUGCAGAGCGUCUGCUGAGCCAGCUGUCACUCAAGCUGAGCAGCAGCGAGACGUUACAUCAGCAGAUGUUCUUACAGAACCAACACAUGCUCCUCCUACGACAGACCAACGCCAUGCUGACCCGACGGCUCCACGCUCCGCCUCAGCACAGCUGCACUGAGACGAGGCUGCUGCAAGGCAUUCUGGGUAGGGAGUACCAGAGCCUGAAGGAGGCGGAGCUGCAGCAGAGACAGAAGCUGGAGGCGGCCAAUCACAGAGCGGCAGAGCUGGAGAGCCAGCUGGCCAAGAAGGAGCAGCUGAUCGCCCAUCAGAAGAAACUUCUGGACGACACCAAGAGGCAGAGCAGAGGCGAGCUGUUGGCGUGCGAGGGUCGCUGCGGCGCCCUGAGGAGGAUCGUCCAGACGCUGCAGAGCGAGAUGCUUCAUCUCUACAGUCAGCUGGACGCUGCCAGCAGGCCAGACGGGGGCGCCACCCCGCCCGCGGCGCCAUCUUCCUCCUGCGCCGGGAUGGUGAACGGGGCCGUGUCACGCCUCUCGUCUCCUGUGCACCUCCCCCCUGUGUCCGCCUCCCCCCUCUCCAUGUCCCCCGUGGAGUCUCCCGUGGGCUCCUUCCUGGAACAGAGGGCGUGGCAGCUCUUCAGACCGUCCAAUCACAGCCAGGAGGAGGAGGAGGUGGAGCAGGAGGCGAACGUGGACCAGGAGGCGGAGCAGGAGGAGGUCCCAACAGGAAGUCCUCUCUUGGGCCAGGAGGCAGACGAGGCCAUCCUCCUGGCAGGAAGUCCCCAGACCGGGGGCGAGGCCCCGGACUUGUCUCUGGUGGUCCGCCAGAGACGACGUGAGCUGAGCAUCAUGAACUACGACGAGAUGACGUCAGACGUGGGAUUUGCUGAAUGAAAAUAAACGUUUCUUUUGCUGCA